GGCAAAUUUUUAUUGAAAGUGAGACAGUAGAAAUCCGACGACUUUCUGUUCGAGCCCCGAAUCGCUAAGCGAAGCUUUCAAAUUCUUUCUAUUCACUGGAAAGAUGUGCAAGUGAAGUGACAGUGGGUUUUUUUGUAGAUUUAAUUUGAGCUAGAUUGAUCAUGGGUGAAGAAGAUAUAACAAAAAAUACCAUUGAUAAUACAAAAGAUGGAACCAAUGAAGAAGAUUUAUCAACAAAUACCAUUGAGACUGUGAAAAAGGGAAACAACGGAGAAGAUCUAGUGAAAAAUACUGUUGAGACUGUGGCAAAUGGAACCACCGAAGAAGAUAAAAUGACAAGUACCAUUGAGACUGUGACAAAUGGGACUAGUGAACUGGAAAAAACCAGUGAAACUGUGCUUAAGGGGGAGGGAAAUGGAGUGAAAGAACUGGAAGAUCAGGAUGCUGUUGAGAAGACUCAGGUCAAGAAAAUGGAAGAAGAACCUAAGGCCAAGGAAGAGGAAAUCAACAAAGAAAACACGAAGGAUGAAAAGGAGGACGCUGAAGUUAAGGCAAUGGAGGAAGAUGUGAAUCCAAAUGAUAAGAAUGGUGGAGAAAAUGAGGAUGUCAAAGAUGAAGAAAAUGUGGAUUUCAAAGAUGAAGAAAAUGAGAAUGUAAAAGAUGAAGAAAUUGAGGAUGUGAAAGAUGAAGAAAAUGAGGAUGUGAAAGAUGAAGAAAUUGAGGAUGUUAAAGAUGAGGAGAUUGAGGAUGUUAAAGAUGAAGAAAUUGAGGAUGUAAAAGAUGAAAAAAAUGAUGAUUCCAAAAAUGAAAAUGAGGAUGUCAAAGAUGAAGAAGAUGAGGGUGUCAAAGACGUAGAGAAUGAGGACGUCAAAGAUAAGGUUGAGGAGGUUGAUAGUCAUAUGGAAGAGGAUGACAAGGAAUUGAAGGAAAAAGAUCCCAAAGAAGGGAAAGCAAAGAAAGGAAGAAAGAAAAGGGGUGCAGUGAGAUCAAAAGAAAAGAAUGAAGAGGAUGAAAAGGAGGAGACAGGGGCAAGGACUCCCAUUAUUGAUCGCCCUGUACGUGAGCGCAAAUCAGUUGAAAGGUUGGUGGCAUCUAUAGAAAGAUAUGCUGUGAAGGAAUUUCAUAUUGAAAAGGGUCCUGGUACCCCACUCAAAGAUAUACCCAAUGUGGCAUUCAAAUUAUCAAGGAAGAAGACUGAUGACCUCUUCAGGCUGCUUCAUACAAUUCUAUUUGGAAGGAGAGGAAAGGCAUUUCAGAUUAAGAGCAACAUAUCCAGGUUUUCAGGUUUUGUGUGGCAUGGAGAUGAGGAAAAACAAAAGAAUAAAGUCAGAGAAAAGUUUGACAAGUGUAAUAAAGAGAAAUUAUUGGAAUUGUGUGAUGUGCUUGACAUACCUGUUGUGAAGGCUACCACAAGGAAGGAAGAUAUCAUUGGCAAGCUCAUAGACUUCUUAGUGGCUCCUCACGCCACUUCUACUGUUCUCCUUGCAGAUAAGGAAAAGUCAAGCAAGGGUAAAAAGCGCAAAAGAGUGGUAAAGGGAGGAAUAUCAACUACUGGAGACAAUAGUUCAAAACAUUCUGCCAAGAGUCGUAGAAAAAGGGGAAAUACUGCAAGAUCUGAGAUGACAAGGGAUUCACAUGAUGAAGAUGAUGAGUCAGAAGAAGAGAAGGAAGAGGAAGAAGAAAAUGACAAAGAAAAUGAGAAUGGAACCACAGAAAAAUCCGAUGAUGAAGUGUCGGAGCACCCGGAAAGUGAAGAUAUCAAUGAACCAACUGACGAAUCCGAGGAAGAAAAACCCAGAGUAAGUUCAAAAAGUUCAUCUAGAAAGAGGGAAUCUGUUGGGAGAGCAAGAAGCAAGAAAGUUACAAAUUCCAAUAAAUCUGAUUCAGCAAAAUCGACUACAAAGAGGUCAUCAUCAAGUCGUGGUAAAAUUGACGACAAUGAGGCUAGUCCAAAGGUAUUCUCUAGGAAGAAGAAUAGCGAAAAAGUAAACAAGGCCUCAACUCCACCAAAAUCUGCUGCUAAGGAGAAGCUUGGGAAAAAGGUCGUGAAAGGGAAGGACAAGACUAAGGAGGAGAAAACUAGGCCAAGUGAUGAUGAGCUUAGGGAUGCAAUAUGUGAAAUUCUUAAAGUAGUGGACUUCAAUACGGCCACCUUCACCGACAUUCUAAAACAACUCGCUUGGAAAUUCAAGAUGGAUCUCACCGCACAAAAGUCGUCGAUAAAACUAAUGAUCCAAGAAGAGCUCACCAAACUGGCAGAUGAAGAAGAUGAUGCGGAUGCCGAGAAGGAUGAAAAGCAGGUAGCUCAAGAGGUGGAAACUUGAAUCAAGUGUCUAACAAAACAAUAAUGUGGAAUGCCCUCAAAAUCAGUCUGUUGUAAAGAAGAGAAGAGAAGAGAAGAGAAGAGAAGAGAAGAGAAGAGAAGAGAAGAGAAGGCGACUGUAAUUUAUUUGUUAGUAUAUCAUUAUCAUGUUUUUACUGCUAAUGAAAAGCUCAGUGUUCUAUUAGAAACAAAGUUAGUUGUUAAUUACUCAUAGCUGUUGCAAAUAUUGCAGCUUAUAAAUUCUGUUGGGAAUAAUAAUUCCAUGAAUAUAUAAAAACUGACCAUUGAGGAGGGGCUUGUUUUGAC